AUAUUUCGAUUACUCUAUAAAUGUCAUCCAUCUCCUCCCCCCCCCCUUCUCUCCUUCCUUGUUAGGAAGCUGUUCAUGUCCGAAUGUCAGUCGUUUGUCUUUUUCCAAGCCCUUCUUUGUCAUACUGUUCACUCCUGUCCUUCAUUUGCAUUCCUGAAUAAAGCUUCCUUUUUAUCAUGAUAUCACUCUCCUGGUUUUGCUUUAAACAUGUUUUACUGGAGCAGAUAUUUUUAUCCAGGACAUUUUAGUUUUCAACAGCACUCCACGUUGAUUGUUCAUCCGUUGAAAAGAUCGCCCGUCUUUGCAAAACAGAAGAAUUCGACUUUGAUGUUUGCAGUCCCCUCCUGUGCCUCCGCUCCAGCCGUUGGCUUCGGAUCAGCAGGCCUCGGCUAUGGUGGCCUCCAUUCUGACACAUUGAUUGGAGCCGGGUCACCAUCCUUUGCUGUGCCCUCUGUGGCCUCUUCUCCAGUCGUUGGCUUUGGCUCAGCAAGCCUUGGCCACAACUCUGGGGUGCCCUUCGCUAGCCUGGGUGUCCUCUCAGGGGUCAACCGUUCCUGCAUCAACCAGAUCCCACCUGCAGAAGUCGUGGUCCAGCCACCACCUGUCGUCAUGACCAUCCCCGGACCCAUCCUCUCUGCGACCGGUCAACUAGUCUUUGUGGGAGGCAACACUCCAUGUGCUGUUAGUUAUGGUGGAUCUGGCAGUGGGCUUUCCGGAGGCAGUGAUCUUUAUGGUAGUUUUGGUGCUCUCGGAGGCCGUUUGGGGAGCUACAGGGGCCGCAGAGGCAGUCUCAUCCUGGGGCGCCGAGGCAGUAACUGCCUGCCCCCUCAAUAAACUCUCAAGGACUAUUUCAAUCAAAUCUGGAGCAGUCAAGAAACCCUUAACAGACUUGCCUGAGUACUGAUCAAUUGAUGCUCUGUAUUCUUGGUGCUUGGGGGGGGAACAGUGGGAGGGCUUCUAGUGUCCUG